AUGGUGAACUCCAGCCGCGUCCAGCCGCAGCAGCCCGGGGACGUGAAGCGGCAGCCCCCGCCCCGAGCUCCCGGCCCGGGCCGGCUGAUGGCGGGCGGCGCGGGCCUCGCAGCCCCGGGCGGCCUCCGGGAGCAGCGGGGCCUGGAGAUCGAGAUGGAGCGCAUCCGGCAGGCUGCCGCGCGGGACCCUCCAGCGGGAGCCUCGGCCUCCCCUUCUCCUCCGCUCUCGUCCUGCUCCAGGCAGGCGUGGAGCCGCGAUAACCCGGGCUUCGAGGCUGAGGAAGACGACGACGAAGAGGAGGUGGAAGGGGAAGAAGGGGGAAUGGUGGUGGAGAUGGACGUGGAGUGGCGCCCGGGCAGCCGCAGGUCAGCAGUCUCCUCCACUGUGAGCUCUGUGGGCGCCCGCGGCCGGGGGCUGAGUAGCUACCACGGAUCUGGCCACCCGAACGGGAGGCGGCGCAGACGAGAGGACCAGGGUCCGCCGUGCCCUAGCCCGGUCGGCGGCGGGGACCCACUGCAUCGCCACCUCCCCCUGGACGGGCAGCCGCCCCGCGUGGCCUGGGCUGAGAGGCUUUUUCGAGGGCUGCGAGUUUUUUGGAAACCCUCCCUACAUUUCCCUGUCAAUUUUGGAAAUGGUUCACAAAAACUCUACAGAUAUUGUUAUAGCAGUGUAAUUAAGACAGGUCAGGCCUACAUUGGAGUCCCAGUUCUGCUACUUGUUGGCUAUAUAACCUUGAACAAGUUUGACCUCUUUGACUCGAACCCAAGACUAAAGAUGACAUAUAUGUUCCAUAUAUACCUUAUAUGCAUAGUCUUGACCUAUGGCAUGAUGAGCUCCAAUGUGUACUACUACACCCGGAUAAUGUCGCAGCUCUUCCUAGACACCCCAUUGUCUAAAACAGAGAAAACAAACUUUAAAACUCUUUCUUCAAUGGAGGACUUCUGGAAGUUUGCAGAAGGCCCCUUACUGGAUGGGCUGUACUGGAAGGUGCAGCCCAGCAACCAAACAGAAGCUGACAACCGAAGUUUCAUUUUCUACGAGAACCUGCUGUUAGGGGUUCCACGCAUACGACAAGUCAAAGUCAGAAAUGGAUCCUGUUCCAUCCCCCAGGACUUGAGAGAGGAAAUUAAAGAGUGCUAUGAUGUUUACUCUGUCAAUAGCGAAGACAGGGCUCCAUUUGGGCCACGAAAUGGAACUGCUUGGAUCUACACAAGUGAAAAAGACUUGAAUGGGAGUAGCCACUGGGGAAUAAUCGCAUCUUACAGUGGAGCUGGCUAUUACCUGGAUUUGUCAAGAACCAGAGAGGAAACAGCUGCCCAGAUUACUAGCCUCAGGAAAAAUGUCUGGUUGGACCGAGGAACCAGGGCAACUUUUAUUGACUUUUCAGUGUACAAUGCCAACAUUAACCUGUUCUGCGUGGUCAGGUUAUUGGUUGAAUUCCCAGCAACAGGCGGUGUGGUUCCCUCUUGGCAAUUUCAACCUGUAAAGCUGAUUCGCUACGUCACCACUUUUGAUUUCUUCCUGGCAGCCUGUGAGAUUAUCUUUUGUUUCUUUAUCCUUUAUUAUGUCGUGGAAGAGAUAUUGGAAAUUCGCAUUCACAAACUACAAUAUUUCAGGAGUUUCUGGAAUUGUCUGGAUGUUGUGAUCAUUGUGCUCUCGGUGAUGGCUAUAGGAAUUAGCUUAUAUCGAACAUCAAAUGUGGAGGGCCUACUCCACUUUCUGGAAGAUCAGAAUACUUUCCCCAACUUUGAGCAUCUGGCAUAUUGGCAAAUACAAUUCAACAAUAUAGCUGCUGUCACAGUAUUUUUUGUGUGGAUUAAGCUCUUCAAAUUCAUCAAUUUUAACAGGACGAUGAGCCAACUGUCUACAACCAUGUCUCGUUGUGCCAAAGACCUCUUUGGCUUUGCCAUUAUGUUCUUCAUUAUAUUCUUAGCCUAUGCUCAGUUGGCGUACCUCGUCUUUGGUGCUCAGGUUGAUGACUUCAGUUCUUUCCAAGAAUGUAUCGUCACUCAAUUCCGUAUCAUUUUGGGUGAUAUCAACUUUUCAGAGAUUGAGGAAGCUAAUUGAGUUUGGGGACCACUGUAUUUCACUACCUUUGUGUUCUUUAUGUUCUUCAUUCUUUUGAUAUGUACACUUUUGUUUAUAAACAUGUUUCUGGCCAUCAUCAAUGAUACCUACUCUGAAGUGAAAUCUGAUUUUGCCCAGCAGAAAGCUGAAAUGGAGCUUUCAGACCUCAUCAGAAAG